CUCAUAUCGUCAAAUCGCAGAUCAACAGCAAUACAGCCUUUAUUUCAGAGGAGCAGAAGGUGCGAAGUACUUGAUCAUCACACUCGCUCCGAACCUAAUCUCACGGCAGCGAUUUCUGGGUCUCAAUCAACAUAAUGGCCGCAACGUCGAUGGAAAUUACUCCCCAAAGGGUCACGGGCGGUUGUCUAUGUGGUGGAGUGCGAUAUGAAAUAAACUUCUCACCUGAGCACGAUUGGAUGCAUGGGCCUCACACAUGCCAAUGCACCCAAUGCCGAAAGAAUUGCGGUAGUCUCGUAUAUAACUUCCACACUGUGACGGCUUCGGAAAUCACGUGGACCUCGCAAGCAACAUAUGCAGAAUACAACUCUUCUCCAGGAUGCUAUCGAGCUUUCUGUCAGAAAUGCGGUUCUCCUCUUGCCUGGACAAAUCACGGGGUGAACACUGAUAUCGAACUCGCUGUUGGCACCGUUGACGAGCAGUUCCUGCUAGGCGAACGGGAUGCCGAGGGCAAGUCUCUUGGAGCACAUGGCAUCGCGCUGGCAAAUCCAGAAGCAGACCAUUUCUAUGUCAGGAAUGAGAUCGCUGGAGUCACGGAUAAAGUUGCUUCGUCAGGGACGAGAUUUUGGAAGGGAAGCAAGGAGGGCCCGAUGGCAAAAUCUGCGGGCUGAGGACUGGCUCGUCGAUCAACGCACUUCGGUUGCGAGCUGUGGCUGUAUUACAAAUUCGGGGACAAGUUUCUCAUCUGCCGCUAUUCGAGACAUAAGCACGCCUUCGACAGUUGUUGUCGUUUUGGAAUUAUUCUUGUUUUACAUGGAGUUUGGAACCUGCAAGUCGAGACCCUCGAAGUUCGCGAUGGAAAUGCUGUCAUGUAACCUUUUAUUGUAUUCUGAUAUAACUAACCUGUUCCAUCUUUUCACAAAUUGAAGAACUUAUAUUCGGGA